AUGAAAUCGUAGAACUUAAAGUUAAUGAGAAAUAUUGAAAACAUAUACGUGAUAAUCGAAGACCGGAACUAAUUAUUAAUACAAUCCAGACAACAUUAAAAGAUAUUGGAAAAAGUAUUACCUGAUCAUAAUUCUUUUGAGACUUCUAUCGAAAUUGUUGUUAAAAUAAGAAGAUCAAUGCAUGAGAGAGUUUAUUGCACAAAUCUGGAGUGCUUUGAAAUAAAAGUAUAUAGUGCACACAUCAUUAAAAAGAUGCAGCACUGUAAUGAAGGAGCUUGAUCUAUCCAGAUGAACAUCCCGGAGUUAUUUCUAGCCGAAAUAGUAGUUUUGGCAGCUAUAGCAGAUGGCUUUCAUUCGCAACGAGAAUUUGAAAUCGUUGGAGAAACACAUAACAGAACAUUGGCAGCGUUAAUUUGCAGCAAACAACCCGACUAUCGCUUACUGUUUUUUCAGAACUUAAAGGAUUUCGACAGCAUUGAUAAAAAAUUAGACAGGACUAUUCCUGAGAAAAUAGAGAUUUGGACCGAUCUAGAUGUAUUGAAUACCACAACGCUAAAAAGCCAAGUCACCGGAUCUGAGUACAGCUAUCAGUUUUCCUCGCUUUCGUAUGUCGUCCUUGUUUGGCAUCCCGGGGGACUUUUCUUAAGGAAGUCAAACUGCGAGAAUGGCUGUUUAUUUAUUUGUCGAGAUGUUACUAAAUGGAACUCAACAAUCGUUACCAAGAAAGAGACUAUCGACAGAUUAGAUACUAGUACAACAAGGUACCCCAAUGACGGCAGAGGAAGCCAGACUACGGACAACCCUGCUCAGAAUUGUUCAGUCUGCGACUGUAAAACCCGAACUUUUGCCACAAUGACGACAGAGGAGGUCCGAGGCGCAGUAAACCGUAUUCGAAAAAAUCUUACCGUCGUGAAGGCGAAUCUUUCGUCUAAUAUAAGGAAAAGAGUAAGUGCUAGUGACCCCCGAAUGUCCAGUCAGAUCAUCGGAAUGACCUUGGGUGUCAGUAUUUUGAGCUUUGUAAGCUGUCUGCUUGUUAUUCCAGACAUCAUUACGUUUCUGAAGUUUUUGAUUUCAAGAGUAUGCUGUUGAAAGACAACCAAGAAGAGAAACGAACCAGUUUUAUGCUUAGAUUAUGAUUAUGUAUUCUACGAGUUUUAUGUUUAUAUUCGGCAGUUAACAUGUUUCGUUCAUGAAAGGUGUUUUAUAUUGCGCUAUUUGCGCAUAAACAGUGUAAAUAUUAUAUAUAUUAAAUGACGCGGGUAUUGAAGUAAUCAAAUUCCUUGUAACAUCAACUUAUUUGUGAGAAACCCGUUUUUAUUGUACUCAUAAAGGGC